AUGGCUAAAGUUCUCGUUGUGACAAUCAUUUGCGCUGUUUUAACGCAGACGCAACAAGCCAGAGAUGUAAUUUCUGGAAAAGUAAAAAGGUCAAUACUCAAGAGCAAAAAUGACCCUUUCGAUAGCAGUUUGGACCCUCUCCCGUUCACUACGACGAAGAAAAAGGAAGAAACUAAGCUGAUGUUCCGCACAACAACUAUUCCAUGGGACCCAUUCACUCCUGAAGUCGCUCUACGCAAAGACCCUUGGACGGCUGGGGAAUUCGGUACAACAAAAGAUCCAUUUCUAUCUCGAACUACUUCCAAAUCAACUGAUGCAUGGAGGAACGGACUCAAAACCACAACAGGAAACCCCGAAUACACGAUACGAUCGUUUACAACAAAGAGAAUAGUCUUCCCGGAGAAAAUCGUUCAAGAGAGCGGAAUUUUGGGGAAUUUAGCAAGCACAACACCAGCGUAUGAGGACAUAAUAACAACUACAAAAACCUCAAAGUCAAAGUGGAGAAAAAAAAAGGACAAAGGACGAAAGAAAAAGCGGAGAGGAAAGAAGGACAGGGAUUCCAAGGAGGACGAGUGGGACAGAAGAGGAUCUAAAACAAAAAAAGGCAAAAAAGCUAAAACAGACUCAGAAAGAGAACAGAAGAAGUCUUUCAAGUCGAAAAAAUGGGACUCAAAAAGGUCGAAAGAGAGGGAGGAAGAUCUGUCGUCUGACUAUGAGAUGGAUUCAAGAAGACCAAGAGGGAGACUGCCGCUAUAUGACUAUGAGUUGGAUUCGAGAGAUUUGCGAGAGCCAAACUAUCCAAUCCUUCCACGACCGGUGAAAAGAAAUCGAAGGCUGAUGGAACGAUAUCGUUUGGCGAAUCUCCGCAGAUUCUCCACUAUGGACGAAGAGGAAGACGAUGAAGACCAAGAAAGACCGUGGAUGUAUCGGAAGAGAUAUCGUCCUACAUUCUUGGGACGGAAUAGAAAGUUCAGAUGGGAAGACGAGGAUGAAACGGAUGUGCAAAUUCCAAACUAUCUACGACCAGGGAAGAGAAAUCAAAAGAAACUUCGCAGAUUCUCUACCAUGGACGGAGAGGAAGACGAUGAAGACCAAGAACGACUGCGGAGGUAUCUAAAGAGAUAUCGUUCUCGAUUCUCGGCACGGAAUAGAAAGUACAAAUUGGAAGACAAGGAUGAAAAUGAUGUGCAAAUUCCAAACUAUCCACGACCAGGGAAGAGAAAUCAAACGAAACUUCGCGAACUCUACACCAUGGACGGAGAAGAAGGCGAUGAAGACCAAGAACGACCGCGGAGGUAUCGAAAGAGAUAUCGUCCUCGAUUCUCGGCACGGAAUAGAAAGUACAAAUUGGAAGACGAGGAUGAAGAUGACUAUAUUUCCCUUCCACGACCGGUGAAAAGAAAUCAAAGGAAACUUCGCAAAUCCUCCACCAUGAACGGAGAGGCGGACGAUGAAGACCGAGAACGACCGUUGAAGUAUCGAAAUAUGAGAUAUCGUCCCAGGUUCUUGGGACGGAAUAGAAAGUACAGAUGGGAAAACGCCGAUGAAAAUGAUAUACAAAUUCCAAACUAUCAACGACCAUUAAGAAGAAAUCGAAAGCAAAGGCAAUUAUAUCGUUUCGCGAAUCUUCUCAGCUCGGCUAAAUCCCCAAGUGAACACUACGAAGAUCAAAGAAUCCUAAUUUCUAAUGGUCCUGACUUCCCUCGGCGACCCAAAAAGCGAAACCCAGAUGAUGAUAUUCUGUGGUUGAGCGAGAACGGAAUGGAUUUGUAUGAAUGGACGAGAAAUCCGACUAGGAAACAGCUGAGGCCAUGGGGAACAUCGAUGAGACCUUGGAACACCAGGUACCAAGACGUAAUAUUUUUGAAAUGA